AUGAAGAUGCAGAUCCCAACAACAACACUUGCUCUUUUUCUUCUCUUCUCACUCAACUCUCUUCUUCUCUCAUCAUCCUUCAUUCAAGGUUUUCAGCCAUUGCCGGCACCAAGCUCCAGUGAUGAUCACGACUUCCGAUCUCCUCUGUCGCCACCCACGCUUCCGCCUGUGGCUGCCGACGGUGGUGCUGAUGGGUCUCCUUCCGGCGAGCCCGUUCCCCCGUCGCAGGUGGUGAUUGGGAAGUGGCAUCAAGGUUCUCCAGGUGCUCCGGCGCCGAUAUCGGAAAAUGGGGUUGUCGGCAGUGGAAAUGAGAGCUCCGGAGAGGUGGCACCGAGUUCUCCGGCGACGGAUGACGGCGGCGUGAGGUGGUGCGCGGUGAGGGACGAAGUGGAGGAGUGUCGGUUCUUUGUUAGUGUCAUUAACCAGAUAAUGGGUUACACCUGGAAAUGUGUCCAAAGAGACAAAGCCCAAGGUUGCGUGGAGUCAAUUAAGAAAGGAGAAGCAGAUUUGGUGAACUUAGAAGCAGGGCUUGCAUACUAUGCAUUCAUCAAUCAUUCAAUGAAAGCCAUAGCCAAUGAGAUCUAUUGUGAUCAUUCCAAUACCUAUGAAGCUGUUGCAGUUGUAAACAGAAGGGCAUGUGAGAACAAUGUAAAGAUCACUUUAAUGGAUUUCAAAGGCCACAAGUCUUGCCAUGGAGGUUACUCCACAGCAGCUGGAUGGAACUACCCCAUCAACUACAUUAAAAAAUUUAUUAACAAUGAAAAACUGAGUGACAAGGAAAUUGCAACUAGUUUCUUCUCUGAUGUAUGUGCUCCUUCAGAGGUUGAAGGUUUUGAUAUAUGCAAUGCAUGCAGAAAAGAGAAUGAAACUUGCCAUGAAAUAGGUUUGUACUCUGGUCACUCAGGAGCUUUUAGGUGCCUUAUAGAGGAAUUGGGAGACAUUGCUUUUGUUAAGGGUGAUACUGCCUUACUCUAUUCAAUGGAGGGGCCUCAUAGCCAAUUAUGGUCAACAAAGUCUGUUAGGGACUUCAUGUACCUUUGUCCUCAAGGGGGAUGCAGAGAAAUCAAUGGUUAUCCUGGAGAUUGCUCCUUUGGAGCUGUUCCUGCAAAUGUGAUAAUGGCACAUAACUCAAUGCCCAACAAGAAGAAAAAACAUGUUCUAGAAACAUUGAUGAAUACUAGUUUGGUGGAUACUCUUUAUGCCUCAAAUGAUGUUCGCAGCCACUUAUUUAGUCCAAGUACCCAAGGAAUAGCCAUGAUUGAAAAGGCCACAAGGUUAUAUCUGGGGAAAUCAGCUUCAAUCUCACAAAGCAUACAAAAAUUAAAUGCUCCAGAAGCCAGAGUCACCUCAUACGCAGCAGACAAUGGUUCAGAUGAAUCGUCUUCAUCUUCAUGCAUUUGCUGUUCACAACUAAUGGCUAUGCUCUCACUCCUGAUGUUACAAUUAUUACUUGGAAUACUCACUCCCAAGUAG